GUGUGGCUUACAGCUGGCCAGGGCCUUGGAAUUUGCAUUCCCUGUUAACUGGUCUGCAAGGUAACUUUGUUUCCAAGGCUGCCUUUAAAGUGUAGUGAACAUUCAGCCCGCCUGCCCCUUCAGUGUUUGCAGCCAGCCCCCUGGGCCCUCUGGCUGCAGGAAGGCAGAGGGCCCCUGGCCUUUGCUGGAAAGAGUCUGUCUGUGCAGCGCAGCAGCUAUGCUCCAAUAGCUGCUGGCCUCAGACCAGGCCUUCAAGCUGGUUCCCUGCAGUCCUGUCCCAGAAACCAAACCCAAAGCCUAGUGCCCACAGACUGGAUCUGGUUAGGAUGCAGCUCCUGAUAGCGUCUGUCUGCCCCGGGAGGGAGGUGGAGCCAUAUUGAAGGGUUUUGCAGGCCUCUGCACUCUCCCAUACCUCACCAGUCUGCAUCUGAAACAAAGGCCCCCAAGGCAUAGUGAGGCAUAGCAGCUGAGUCCUGUGUGGACGGAGAGACGGGCGGCACACAGCUCAGGCAUGCUGCCCGGUCAACCCAGACCUCGGCCCUGGCACUGAACGUGCCCACCUCGGAUGCCCGCUGGUGAGGUCUAGCAGGCAUCUUGGGACACCAGGUGGUUUUCUGGGGCCGUAAAGACCACAGGCCCCUAGGUGAAGCCUACCUCUAGCCGGGGUACCCCACUGGAUAAUGGGCAUCUUCUUGAGCCUCAGGGGUUGCUCACAAGGGUGAGCUGCUCCCCAUGACCCCAACUGGAGGAGCAGACCAUGCUGGGUGCUGGCGGGGGCUAACCUGCUGUCUCUCUCCCCAGUGGACGGCCGGCAGUGGGGAAGUGCCAAGCAGCCGAGCAGCGUGGAGGUCCUGAUUCUCCUCACCAGAGCCGUGGGUCCCGAUGGAUGCGCCCGAGAGCCCUGAUCGGGGGCCUCACUCUCCAGAAGAGGAGGAGGAGGAAGAGGAGGCGCCGCAGGAGAGGCUCUCCGAUGAUGACAUUCUGCGGGAGAGUGGGUCUGAGCAGGAUUUAGACGGAGCUGAGGAGGAGGAGGAGGAGGAAGACCAUACUGCCCCCCAGGGACUGGGCCAGGGGGAGCAAGAGCGCUCCGAGGAGGACGAGGACGAGGAGGAGGACGACGACGAAGAGGGCCCGCCUAGUGAGCCCCAUUCUCAGGAUCCAGACUCAGAGGCCAACGAGCUGAGUGGGGGCCCCGUGAGCCCCCAGUGUGCCGAGGAGGGGCGAGCCAGUGAGCUUGGAGACGAACAUGAACUGGAUUAUGAUGAGGAGGUGCCUGAGGAGCCCGCACCCGCGACCCAGGAGGAGGGGGGCGAGAGGGCCGCCACCGAGGGAGACGAGAAGCCGGGCGGGGUCCCCGAAGAGGGGGCGGGGGCGGGGAGUGAGGAGGCCGGGAAGGAGAAGAAGAAAGAGGAGGACGACGGAGAGAUCGAUGAUGGAGAGAUCGACGAUGAUGACCUGGAGGAGGGCGAGGUCAAGGACCCCAGUGACAGGAAGGUGAGACCUCGUCCCACCUGCCGCUUCUUCAUGAAAGGGAAUUGCACCUGGGGGAUGAGCUGCCGGUUCGUCCACCCCGGUGUGAACGACAAGGGCAACUACUCCCUCAUCACCAAAGCUGAGCCCUUCCCACCCAACGGUGCCCCGCCACUCGGCCCCCACCCGCUGAUGCCUGCCAAUCCUUGGGGGGGACCGGUCGUGGAUGAAAUCCUGCCCCCACCCCCGCCAGAACCUCCGACAGAGAGCGCCUGGGAGCGAGGGCUGCGGCACGCGAAGGAGGUGCUGAAAAAAGCCACCAUCCGGAAGGAACAGGAGCCCGACUUUGAGGAGAAGCGGUUCACGGUGACCAUCGGUGAGGAUGAACGGGAGCUGGACAAGGAGAACGAGGGCUUCCGAGACUGGAACUACCGUGUCACCAGGGAUGUCCGAGACCCAGCACUUGAGCCUUAUGCCGACCCUUACUAUGACUACGAGAUGGAGCGCUUCUGGCGUGGGGGCCAGUAUGAGAACUUCAGGGUGCAGUACACGGAGACGGAGCCCUACCACAACUACCGGGAGCGGGAGCGCGAGCGCGAGCGGGAGAACCGGCAGCGCGAGCGCGAGCGGGAGCGGGAGCGCGAACGGGAGCGGGAGCGGCGGCAGCAGCGGGAGCGCGAGCGCGAGCGCGACAAGGAGCGGCAGCGGCGCAAGGAGGAGUGGGAGCGCGAGCGCGAGCGGCGGGACGACAAGGAGCGGCCGCACCGCGAGCGGGACAAGGACAAGGAGAAGCCGAAGCCGCGCUCCCCGCAGCCCCCCAGCCGGCAAGUUGAGCCCCCAAAGAAGGAGGCAGCCUCCACAGGCCCCCAGGUGAAGCGAGCAGAUGAGUGGAAGGACCCCUGGCGCCGAUCCAAGUCCCCCAAGAAGAAGCUGGGUGUGUCCGUGUCCCCCAGCCGGGCCCGGAGGCGCCGAAAAACAUCCGCCUCCUCGGCCUCCGCCUCCAACUCAUCCAGGUCGUCCUCCAGGUCGUCCUCCUACUCGGGCUCGGGCUCCUCGCGGUCCCACUCCAGGUCGUCGUCCUACAGCUCCUACUCCAGCCGCUCCUCCAGGCGCAGCUCCUUCUCCGGCAGCCGCUCCAGGUGCGCCCGCCCGCGCUGCCCCUGCCUCCUGUGUCCCACGCCCCCCCCCCCUGCUUGCUCCAUCAGAGCCAAGGGGGAGGCAGCACCCCCACCCGGGAAAGCAGGGGAGAAGCUGGUGAAGAAGCCUGCUGCACCCCCGGCUCCGCCUCCGACCACCAAAAUCACGGCCCCCACCCCCGAGCCGCCUAAGCCCGGGGACCCUCGAGAGGCCAGGAGGAAGGAGCGGCAGGCCAGGACGCCCCCCCGUAGGAGGACGCUCAGUGGCAGCGGCAGCGGCUCCAGCUAUAGCGGCUCCAGCUCCAGAUCCAGGUCCCUCAGCGUGAGCAGCGUCUCCUCAGUGUCCAGCGCCACAUCCAGCAGCAGCUCUGCACACAGCGUGGACUCGGAGGACAUGUAUGCCGACUUGGCCAGCCCCGUCUCCUCGGCCAGCUCGCGCUCCCCAACCCCGGCCCAGACCAAGAAGGAGAAAGGCAAGCCCAAGAAGGAGGACGCCCAGAAGGAGGAGAAACGGAAAAGGGACUCGGCCACACAGCCCCCCAAGUCUGCCAAGCCCUCGGUGGGCGGCAGGGCCCCGCAGCAGGUGCCGCCUGGCCAGCCGCCCCAGGCUGCCUUUGUCCCCCACAAGGAGAUCAAGCUGACGCUGCUUAACAAGGCCGCAGACAAAGCCAGCAGGAAGCGCUAUGAGCCCUCAGACAAGGACAGACAGAGCCCGCCUCCUGCCAAGAGGGCCCACCUAUCCCCGGACCGAGGCUCCCGGGACCGGAAGUCAGGGGGCAGGCUUAGCUCCCCCAAGUCAGAGCGGCAGCGAGGUCAGAACCCCAAAGUCUCCAUAGCACAGCCAGACAGGAAGCGCCAGCUGUCCCCCCAGGCCAAGGGCACCAGCAAAGUCACGAGUGUGCCGGGCAAGGCUGCAGAAGCCAGCACCCCAGGCGCCAAGCCGGGCAAGGCCAGCACGCUGUCUCGGCGUGAGGAGCUCCUGAAGCAGCUCAAGGCCGUGGAAGACGCCAUCGCCCGCAAACGCGCCAAGAUCCCCGGCAAGGUGUAGCGGCCCAGCCACGGCCCGCCCUUUUUAUACAUUUUAAAGAGGAAAAGAAGUUUCUCAGCUGGAAAAGCAGCCCCAUCCCUGAUGGAGGGCACUGCUUCCCUGAGCAGGGCAGGGGUGCUACUGGACUCGUCUCCCAGGGUGGCCGUCCUCGCCUAGCAGCCCGAAGGCGCCGCCCCUGCAGCGCCCUCUGCCACCCUGGGAUCAGAAAAUAUAUAUAUUCUUGACGAAAGUCUGAUUGAGAAAUCCCUGUCUUUUAUUUUAAGCAUUGAAUUGUUUGUUGAUUUAAAUGGAAAAAUUUCAGAAAAGACCAAAAAAAAAAAAAAAAGGCCAAGGAUAUAUUGUUGGGACAUCUGAUGGAGGGUCUUUUUGUGGGGUCUCCUAAAUAAAAUAUAAAAUAUUUUGAUAA